UGCGUGUGCGGCAAACGGAUGUGUGAGCUGGAGGGCUUCAUGGUCUCCCUCACAGGCAUCGUGGGGCUGUGGUCCCUGGCCAUCCUGGCCCUCGAGCGGUACCUGGUGGUCUGCAGACCCCUGGGAGACUUUCGGUUCCAGCACCGGCACGCCGUCAGUGGCUGCGCCUUCACGUGGAGCUGGUCACUGCUCUGGACGACCCCACCGCUCCUGGGCUGGAGCAGCUACGUGCCUGAAGGGCUGAGAACCUCCUGCGGACCCAACUGGUACACGGGUGGCAGCAACAACAACAGCUACAUUUUGGCCUUGUUUGUCACCUGCUUCGUGAUCCCCCUCAGCCUGAUUCUCUUCUCCUACGCCAACCUGCUGAUGACCCUGCGAUGGGUAAGUACAGGGAGUUAAGAGCUUUCUGCUCACAGAACCGCCUCACGGCAGGGUUUUGUGAGUCGGCAGGGCUGCCAUCUCCUGGUGCUGAUGUGCGGCCUCCCCUACACCCCCUUCGCCUUGGUGGUGGCCCCCAACAAGGACGUUGCCAUCCAGCCGGCUCUUGCAUCCCUGCCUUCCUAUUUCUCCAAGACCGCCACGGUCUACAAUCCGAUCAUCUACGUCUUCAUGAACAAACAGUUUCAGAGCUGCCUGCUGAAGACGCUGUGCUGCGGCCACGAGCCCUGGGGCAGGGCAAAAACUGCCCCGGCUGCCCCCGGCCCCCGCGCAGAGGGGCUGAGGAACAAGGUGACAUCGUCUCCCCCGGUCUAA